UCUUCCACCCAAAAAAAGAGGGAGAGGGAUAUUUCUAACUAACCCCCCAACUGCAGUGUGUUCCAUAACAGUUAAUGGGGUGAUAGGAAUUGGCAAAGACACCAUCGUUUUUAGCAAAAGGUAGCCACACAAAAGUGUACUCCAGCAGUUACAUAUUGUUACAAAGUCUGAACAGGAGUCAAUGCAUAUUCUCAUAAUAGUGUGAAAUUAGAGAACAUUUAGACAUCCCAGUAUGUUAAUAAUUGAUUUAUUCUUAAUGACGUGACAUCAUCAAUAACUACCCCUAACCUAGACUUCUCAAUGUGGAUAACAAGAACAUUCGGAGUUACAUUAGUAAGGAUUAAAAAAAAUUAAAAAUGCACCCAAUUGUUAGGGAUAUAAUAAAUCCUUAUGCUUAAAGGCAUAACCCAGCCACUGACUCAUGAGGUGAGAAAUUUACAUUCCCUAGAGCCAGGUUAUUCUGUAAUUGCCCACUUCAGGUUUCUUGCACUUUCCUCUGAAUCAUAUGCUACCAAUCAUUGCCAGAGACUGGAUACUGGACUAGAUGGGCUGCUGCUCUGAUCCAGUAUGGAAAUUCCUAUGUUCCUAUAUCAUGAUUCUCCAUAGCUAUAAUAGCUGAGUAGGACAUUUUAAUUUUUUGACAUCAUAACCCAGUAAUUCCAUGUCCUUAUGUAAAUCUCUGUUUGUGCCAUCUCUGAAUCGUGUGAUGGAUCAAAAGCAACUGCUUAGUCUGAAGGCAAUCUCUAGAUAAGAGGCUGAAUGGGAAUUUUAGACUUCCUUGUAAUAUUGCUGUUGCAUUGCUUGUUUGAACUAAAGCAGCUCUUCUAAUUAGAAAUAAACUAGCUAGGACAAUACACUGAUUCUGUAACACCACACCAUGGGUAGUGGAGUCAGUUCAGAGAGUAAGGAGUCUGCCAGAAGAUCAAAGGAACUGGAGAAGAAACUCCAUGAAGAUGCAGAGCGGGAUGCCAGGACAGUCAAAUUGCUCUUGUUGGGUGCUGGAGAGUCAGGAAAGAGCACUAUUGUGAAGCAAAUGAAGAUCAUCCAUAAAGAUGGCUUCACAGAUCAGGAAUGCAUGGAGUUCAGAUCCGUCAUUUACAGUAACAUAUUGCAAUCCAUCCUGGCUAUCGUGAAGGCGAUGUCCACUUUAGGGAUUGAUUAUAAAAACCCAGCCAGUAAAGAAGAUGAAAGACAACUGUACACUAUGGCAAAUUCUCUAGAGGAUGGAUCCAUGACUCCUGAAUUGUCUGAAAUCAUAAAGCGACUAUGGAAUGACCCAGGAAUCCAAGCCUGCUUUGAAAGGGCAGCAGAAUAUCAGCUCAACGACUCAGCAGUUUACUAUCUCAAUGAUCUGGACAGGCUGACAGCUCCUGGAUAUGUUCCCAACGACCAAGAUGUUCUGCGUUCACGAGUGAAAACAACUGGAAUUAUUGAGACUCAGUUUUCCUUCAAAGAUAUGAACUUCAGAAUGUUUGAUGUGGGUGGACAGCGAUCAGAGAGAAAAAAGUGGAUGCACUGCUUUGAAGGAGUUACUUGCAUCAUAUUUUGUGUUGCACUCAGUGCCUAUGACACGAUCCUGGCGGAAGAUGAAAAUGUGAACAGAAUGCAUGAAAGUCUUCACCUGUUCAACAGUAUCUGUAAUCAAAAGUACUUUGCUACCACCUCCAUUGUGCUGUUUCUAAAUAAAAAGGACCUCUUCCAAGAAAAAAUAACAAAAGUUAAUCUCAGUGUCUGCUUUCCAGAAUAUGAUGGACAAAACACAUUUGAAGAUGCGGGAAAUUACAUCAACAAGCAGUUCCUAGAUUUGAAUUUAAAGAAAGAAGACAAGGAGAUAUAUUCUCAUAUGACCUGCGCCACAGACACCCGGAACAUCAAGUUUGUUUUCAAUGCAGUAACAGACAUCAUAAUCAAAGAAAACCUGAAAGACUGUGGGCUCUUCUAACCAUUCGCUCCCUCAGCCCCGUCCUCUCUUUUUUCCUCUACCUCUCUCUUCUCACCUCUCUUUAUCCUGUGUGUGGGUUGUGGUGGAAAAAUGAGAGGAAAGAGAAGGUGCUGUCAGCUGGGCUUUGGUUAGAUGUAACUUUAUACCUUGGAUGUAGUUUGCAUUGUAGAACAAAGACCCCUGUGUAAGGAGAGUCAUGAGAUUAUAUGAUCCUGAUGUUGAGAGAUUCUGUGCUCCCAUACCUCUUAUUGGAGUCAGUAGGAGUUUCCCACUAAAAUCAAUAUGAGUUAAAGGUGAUCAGCACUUCUCAAGAUAAGGUCAUUUAUUCUUCAGUGAGGGGGGGAAAGUGGGGGAGAGUGAAAGACAAUAUGCAGGAAGGAUUGUGCUGAGGGUUUUUUAGAUUUAAGAAAACCUUAAUAUUAAAAAAAAUACCAGUAAAUAUUACCCAAUCAUUUCAGUUCAGUUUUCUUUUGUUUUCAUGUUACAUUGAUGGUUCAAAAUUAUGUUGCAUUAAUUCAACAUUUUUAUGCAAAUAUAGAAUAACAUGCCCCAAUGGAAUUUUAGAUUGUUGUAUUUA